GUUUAAGCGUUGAAGAGAAUACGUCUAUGCUCCGAGAUGUAGGAGUUACCUGAUCUGAAGUACUGUCGAGGGACCGCCAUCUUGGUACUGUGACUAGUGCGACGUAUAUUUGAGUGCUUCCGCAGAAUUUUAUUAAUCAGCCCAUUUCUGGGCUACCUCGAGCCUAAGUUUUAGUCUCAUUUGCUUUGAUACUUGUGUGCCUCCUCUGGACGCGAAAAAUUUUUGGCGGCCCUAUAAAGUUUGAGCAAAUAUUAUCACUCGACUCUUCUGGACGUUAUCACGCCUUUGUCUCGAGCCUCGGCCAUUGUGCCGCUGGCCUUCCGCCAAUUCCUUUCCUUCACCUCUUCCUCCUGGAGAGAGGAUUUCAUCCACGCAACAGUCGAAGAUUUUUACUGAAUUCUUACUGCCUGUAAGUACACUUAGUCUUGCAUUUACUACCGAAAAUGUCUAUUAAAAUGGACUUAGAAGACCCUGAAAUGUCCGCUGCUCUUGCGUCAUUAAUCUCAGAGUCCGGACCCGCAGCUACUUCCCAUACGAAAAUCUUAGGCAAGAGGCCUAACGAUCAAGAAUCUUCGUCAUCUUCUAAUAAAAUAUCGCGAUCAAACACAGAGAGCAGCAUUCCGUCUCACCAGCCAUCGAUUUCUGGAUCCGUUACAUCUCUAACGGAUACUAUCAGGAACAAUAGAUAUUCCUCUAAUAACGCAGGGCCAUUCGAUGUCCACGUGCAGCGGAUAUCUAAUCCCAAAGCACAACUUCAUCCCGUACAAGUAGGAAGAGCAGCUUGCGAGCUAAACAUUGAUGACAUCCUCGAAAUUAAAAAAGUGGGAUUUUCCAAAGCUUCUAUUUUUUUCAAAUCAAGAGAAGCCGCAAACGCUCUUGUUAGUGAGAGAAAGCUAUCCUCAAAAGAUCUGGAAGCUUUUAUCCCCCCAUUUCGCAUCUCAAGGAAAGGCAUCAUACGACAUGUGCCACUUGAGCUCACAGAACAGGAAAUUAUAGAUAACAUUAUCAGUCCCUUCAAAGUGGUUGCAGCUAACAGACUGAAUCGUAGAAUUUCUACGCCUUCUCAAUCUGACUCUGCACAUGAUUCAAACUCAGGAGCUUCUUAUUCUUCAUCCUACACUGUAGCGCUCUCCUUCGAAGGACAAAAAAUCCCUAAACACAUAUACAUGUUUCAUGUUAGUUAUCCGGUGUCUCCUUAUGUUGCCAGAGCCUCACGAUGCAACAAUUGUUUUAGAUUUGGACAUAUCAAAAUCAACUGCAAGAGCCAACCUCGUUGUAAGCAUUGCGCAGAAAAAGGCCACAUCUUUUCAGAAGAAGACUGCCUUCAGAAACGUCAACUUCCCAAGUGUGUUAACUGCUUGGGGGAACAUCGUGCGGACUCACUAUCCUGUCCCGAAUUCAUUCUGCAACAAGAAAUAAGGAAGUACGCAGCCUACAGGAAUAUUUCCCUUAUUGACGCCAAAGAGAUCUUCAAAGACUCCCACUGUCAAUGCGGCUACAUCAUUCAAGACGCGGAUCAUAUAUUUUGGAACUGCCCGUUAUACGCAGCCCACAGGACAUCUCUCUUGAACCGACUCUCAAGAUUCAAAGGACUAUCACGCCCCUACAAGAUUUCAGAACUUUUAAUUAAUCCUCUCUCUGGGGUUAUUCAUGCCCUAGUUUCCUUCUUAAAAGCUUGCGAUUUGCACAUCUGAAAAACAUCUCCUCUUGGCACACUAUCCUCUAAUUGACCUCCUAUCAUUCUCUUACUAAUAACCCGUUGUUGGCCAGGAUUUCUUGAUCGUCACCAGAUCAGAAGAGGCCAUAAAAACCUAAGAAGAAGAAGAAGCGUUGAAGAAAUGUGGAUGAAGAAGUCCAUCUUUCUAAGUCCAUCAAUCAUUGAAGUGUAUAGGAAGCGUAUUGGAGUGGUUCGUUCACAUUUUAUGAAACGUUUAGGAAGGGUAAAUGAAGAAUUCCUAAAAUGUCAAUCAUUGAAGUGUGCGGGAAGCGUAUUGGAGUGUUUGUUCACAUUUUAUGGAACGUUUAGGAAGUGUAAAUGAAGAGUUUCUAAAUGUCAAUUAAUGAAGUGUAUGGGAAGCGUAUCUGAGUGCUUCGUUCACAUUUUAUGGAGCGUUUGGGAAACGUAAAGGAAAACAUGAAAUAUUAAAGCGUAAGGGAAACGUAACGGGGAAUGUUUUGUACAUACUUUAUGGAGCGUUCAAGAAAUAUGCAUGAAGAUUUAAAAUCGCGAAGAGUUAAUGGGAAGUCAAUGAAACUUUUAAGAAGCGUUUAUUCUGCUCGUUUAUGCUUCUUUGACACUUCGAGAAGCGUUUAAUUUUC